UGCCAAUAGCAAGGCUUUAAAAUAAAAAUACUAUUUUAUAUAAAAUAUAAAAUCGAAAUGCAUUUGCCAAUUACAUACGAAAGCGGAAGAGGAUAGUGCCAAUAAGCAUUGUCUUGACCAUGAUAUAUGGUUACAACUUUUUCCUUGCGAUUGUCAACAUUGCUUAUAGAUUUCCUAUUUAUGAAAUGGAGCAUUUAGAUCUUGCUGGCUAUCUUGACCACACGCCUCAAUGCUGGAACAGUCUGGGAGCAUUUCAAGAGGAAGAUGCUGUGUACUUGUCAAGCUCUCGACAAAUGUUGGAACCCAUCUUGGAGGAGACCAGCGAGGAUGAGGAACGUGCCCGAAGUAGCUUGAUUGUAAGCCUAGAAAACCGCUCCACGCUCUGGAGUUCUACGGAGUCUGAAACUGGAUCCGUACUACGCAUAGAAAUUAUUAAGGCAGAUGUCGAUGCUGUUUCUGAAAGGGACUUCUUCUGCCCACCCAAGCGACCAAGGCGCUGCCUUGACUUAAAUUCUAUCCAGAUUUCAGAAGAUAGCGUCCAACUGCGCCGCCCCAUGUCUUACGAUUCCGUGCAUCACAAUAGCUUUGAACGCUUUCUGGCUUUAGAGGCAUGUGGACGGGAUAGCUACGGAAGCCAGGGCCAACGAAGCAGCAUAGGCAGUAGGCGAGGGGGAACUUUCGAAGAUUUUUAUUCCGACAUGGACUCCUCCCACUCGCUAUCUCGCAGUUCCUCCCUGGUACAGUUUGAGUCAUUGGAACGGCAGCUCACGCUCCAGGAGCAGCAUCAGAAUAUGAGCAGUCUGCGUAACAGUUCGCCCUCGCUCAACAGCGAGUCUGGUGCGUCAACGCGAGCCAGGACCAGGGACAACAGUCCAGAUAGUAGGAAGGGAUCGGCCCCAACGCUGUCCCUGUUAAAACGUUAUGAAUCCAGCGAGUAUAGUCGUCUGCAUCAGACAUACUAUGAGCUAAACAAUCUUAAUUUUGAAUAUAAGCAAAAAGAGGAAUUUCUCUCUAAAAGACUCCCAGAGGCGGAGCUUAAAUCUGAUUUAGAGAACUGCUCUAGCUCUAGCUCCUCCAGCGAUAGCAGUGGUCACAGCCUUCUAAUCUCAUGUCUUGUUCCCGUAGAAGCUGUUACAACAGAAAAGGAAAAACAGGACGGGGCUUCCUCCCGGCAAGUUCCCCUCAACUCAGCUGAGAGCCUGUCCGAAGACUCGGGCUUUUGCGAGCCAAGAACGCUAAAGCGGGAAAAGUCUAAAUCAAUACCAAAGAAUUUCGACAAGCUUUGCGAAGAGGACGAGGAGCUGCUGCUGCUGGAGGAGGGCGCCCCGCAUUCUCGCGACUUAAAAGAUUUCUGUCAGACCGAAAUAGAACAGACUGUGGACGCGACUGCAUUAGCAUGCUCUCCGUCGUCUAUAAAUAGUUCCCCGGAGAGGGCCAGCUCCGAAUCGCCGUUGCCGUCUCCGACCGGAUCGGCAUCAACGUCGUCUGCCUCGUUCACUUGGCUGCACAACAGUUUGCCCGAUAUCCGCGAGCCACGAAGUCCACUCUCUGUGGAAAUUAACAAUUCAAAACCCAAGGGAAACGGCAGAACUCUGGCCACCACCAGCCAAAACAGUAGCAGCACCCGGGGCAGCAGUUCCGUCGAUAGUUGUGACGGUUUAUCACUUCUAGGCCCCACCCAUUCACUUAACGAGCUCCAUCAGCUUGAACGGAGGCGACGCCGACGUCACAUUCAACCUAGCCAGAGAAACUAUAACAACAAUAGCUCCAGUGAGGAACUGGAGGGCCUGGACAACUUAUUUGUUGCUUGCCCUAGCCUGCCAAGAAUUCGACGCAGCUCCAGUUGGAACGAACGCGUUAAUAUAGUAGGGGGUGUGGCAAGUACCGGAUAUUUGAACGCCAGUUACCUAAACCUAACUCUGUUAAACUACAAGGAUAACCGGCUACCGGCAGAGCCCCUUCAAAACAACCUAAAGAGUAGCAAAGCAGAAGAAAUGUCGAAAAAAAGCAACAUUGCCUGCGAAAGCUACGAGCACAUGAUUUGUAAAGGAAAUUUUUUGCUGGAUGAGAUCAGCAAGGUAUAUGACAAAAAUGUGUCUAUACUGACAGAUAAGCCAGUGCUGGAGGCCAAACUCGAUGCGCCAGAGGAAUAUGAUUCAAAUGCCUCCAAUGGGCUUUCGAUGGUGCAGCACGUUCAGCUAAACAUAAAGCCGCCACAGCGCCAGAAACAUUCAAAUCAACAGCUGCCAGUCGCCAUGACUUUUAAUGGCCUUGUGAAAACAUUUGACCAGGAUCCCACUAAUUUGCAAACGUCUUACACCCAGAGCCUAGAGCAGUGCCACCUUGACGAGCAAGAAAUGGCAAAAACUGCUUCGUGCUCGCCGCCAGCCAUCUCAAAAAGAUUCCUGUCCAAGCGGCGAUUCCAAACGCAAUCGUCGGCCGCUAAGCAGCGAAAUCUCGUAAGCAGCACGCCUAAUCUAGCUGCCUGCAACGUCGGGCUACAGGAGUCCGAAUACGAUAUCUACGUAAGCAGUGCUCACGCCUCGAUGCACCAGUUGCCGCAGACACCAACGCAACAGAAGCCACUGGGAAUUCUGCUACAAGCUGGAUCGCGUCAUUCUUUCGGCAAGGAGGUAAGCUUUUGCCCAGUGGUAAGCAAGUACUGUUGGCAGGAGCAGUCCUCUGAGGAGCCGACCGAGGACCACUUUCACUACAGCGAGGGCGAGCAGGGCCCGAGCGACGACGAACUGAUGGACCCCACUUUGGUGGACAACACCAGAGAGAACGAAAACAUCGUUACGCUUUUCAAACCAGAGCAGACGCAUCGUCUAAGAGAGUCGGCGAUCGCACAAAAGCUUACCGCUUUCCAUACCAAUCCGCUCUUAUCCGCUUUCACACACUCAUUAUUUGAAGAGAGCGUCAACGGCAAAAACAAAGCAAUUUUAGCCACACCCAAUUGCCGCGAUCAAAGAACCGAAGCUAAGACCACCCUGGAACCUGAGCCCGCUUUAAGCAGCACAGUCAGUCUAAAACCUUGUGCCGUUGCGUGCUCAUCUUUUCAAGAAGAAAUUCCGAGCGAUGCCACUAAGGAACCUCCUCCUGCGACAGCACGACCUCUCCGCCUGCCAAUCCUCAGCGAGCCGCCCACCAACCGCGCGCACCACAUCCUGCACUCAUCCCAGCAGAUAAAGCGCUACGAAUCGAGGGCGUCUCCGAUUAACAAGAUGCCGCCGACCAGCAAACUAAGCUCGCAGGCCACGGCUGUCGACAGGACGUAUGAAAAACACCCAACCUCCAAAAGCCUCUUCUCCAAGUUUGCCCACGGACUUCGAUUUUCUUUACGUCGCAAAAAGAAGCAGCAGCAACAAGACCCAUCUCGGGUCAAAGCGUCGCCCGGAAAGGAGUUGAGGCAGAGUCCCGAGGACGUCCCAUCGGUCGCCUUUGUGGGCAUCCCUUUAAAGCCGCCAAGAAGUUCGCAAUGUGACCGACUGCUCGAUUCUGUCGCGUCCGAGGCUAGGAGUGGCAACGUGCACAGCUGGCAGCCUCAGGAACAGCUGGUCAAGACCUCAACCCUGCAAAGGGUGACUGGCAAGCCGCCACUGCCCAAGAUGCCACCACGUAGUGGCAUCCUGGCGCAUGCGCCUCCGGAAACGACUGGUGAAGCCGUCAAUUUCCAUCGCGCCAUGGCGUUGCCGAGCGUCGAAAGUGAACAGUACAAUAAUUUUACAGGACAGUUGAUGGCUAAUGUCAAAGCAACAAAAAUGAGGGACACCGGGCUCAGCUCGCAGGCAGUAGUCGCUGAAGAGGCACAGACAGUUAAUCGACUGGCCCGAAACUGCAACGCUAAUAGGCCCACAGUAGUUACCGCUGUUCCGGUUUCUGUUGCUCCCGUCGAAGAUGUCGGCAAAAUGGGUUUGAUCGAGACCAAUUUAGAUACUCAUGAAACGGUUAUAUCGGGAAAGACACGUUCCCUUAUGGAUAUAACUUGCAACCCGCUUAGCAUGCCGCACAAGCGAUACAUCGUAAAGCGUCUAAAUGUAAACAGCGUUGCGUAUGACGUGGAUGAACCGGGCGGAGAGGUUAAACCCUCAUCAGGUGGAAUGGCAUCCGUACGCAGACCGCACAAGAGUAUGGAAUUUCUGCUGGACAAGGAGAAUCAGAAAAAUGUUUUGCCCCCUGAAAACGAACUGCAGAAAUCACAUGACCAAAAUCCAGUCGCACUGAGCGAACACCAGCUGCGCGUCCAAGCGUCGCUUCAGCGGCUAAAUAUUCCCGACUGGUUCCGUCAUUACACCAAAGGGCUCGAAAAGGCCGCAGAUGGCGAAAAUGUAUGCACAAGUGCGACUGGUGGUGGAUACCGACCUGGCAACUUCACCCGCAAACGCGCACAGGAAUCGGGUCGCUGGCAAGGGCUCAAUUCAAAGACAACUUCCCUCAGCUCGCUGGGAUCUCAACGCUCCGACCGAAGUCCUUUGUUAAUGAGUCCUUCAGCGCACAGCCAUCACGGCGGCCAGAGCUCUUAUUCAUGUGGGUCGACGACAAUUCACGGUCCGGCCCCUGUACAGAUAGGUAUGGGAGCCACUCGCUGGUCUACCUCGCAUCUAAAUUCCAAUCAGAUGUCCCCCGGUGCCUCACAGCGCGGAAACUUCACGCGCGGUGCGCCCAUUAAUAGCAGCUUUAUGUCUGUGGCCAGUGGCAGCGGCUUGUUGCGCAAUUCAUACCGACAGCCGUAUUUGGGUUGGCGCAGCUCAGAGAAGCUCUCUCAGCGUACACCCCACGAACGUCUGGCCAAUUCGCUGCUAACCAAACGGACAGCUCCGCCCUCCACACAAGCAGACAAUGAAACCGACACCUUACAUACUGUAUCGACAGAGAUUCAAAGCUCCAUUAAGGAAGUCACAUCGGCCAUCGUUCACUACGUAAACGACCAGCAGCAGUCCCGACAUCCGGUCAGCCGUUCUACUAGUCCAAAUGCAAGGUGCUGGCUGGAAAGCAGCUUUGUUGGCACACGGACCUUAGACUCCCCGCAGACACCCGUUAUUGACAACAGUGCUCCCGGACUAGCACGAAAGCAACAGCAGCUCCACUCGCACCAAGUGCACCUGGAUGUCAGCCUGGCACCUGUAUUCUCCGCUGGUCAGCUGCAACAUCACAUGAACGGAAUCAAUCGUAUUGGCAACGGUGGCGUACCAACAAGUAAUAUAGCGGCCGAACGGUCGUUAAGCAGCGCCUCGCUUGAAGAUGUCCUAGCCUCGCUAUUAGGACUGCCACCUACCUUCUUAUCCGGCCAUAUCAGCAAUUCGUACAGCAGCUACACCCCCAGUUCGGCGACAACAGCAGGUAUUGCUAUUCGGCAGCAGCUGGAGGUGCAAUCAGCCGCCGAGCAGCAGCGGCUCCGUCGUCGGAGUGAGGGGGACGCCCCGUCGCAGGAAAAGCAUUAUUCCAAGGACCAACCCCAUCAGUCCAGCUCGUAUUCGGUUGAAGCUGUAGUAAGUCCUAAACCAAAUAUCCCCAAAGAGAGAAGGCGGGUUUCACUGGGCGACCCCACCCUCACAGCUACGCGGUCGGACAUAGGAAACGGCGGACAGCUGCAACUCAUCGAGGAACCAAAGGCCGGUUUCGGAUCGGGGCAACAAGUUCGCUGCCGCAACAGCAAGUGCGACCGGAGUACCUCUCCCAGUGAUGCCAAGAAGCUUUACAAGACGUGCCACAAUUGUUCCCAUUUAUACUGUUCGCGUGAAUGUCGGCGGGCGCACUGGGAAAAGCAUAGGAAGGCGUGCCUGCACUCGCGUGCGUCUAACAUUUGUCGCCAGGUUCUUGCCACGUGCAGAGACGACCUCGACUCACAGCGUCAUCUGAGUCUUUUGGCCCGCAAAGGCAGCCUGUCUCAAGGACGGGGCGUUGUGCGUGUGCUUUUUCGAAGUGCUGAGGCGGCGGAAGGAUUCAUUAAAAACGGGUUCCAGUGCAUGGGAGAGGCUUCGUACGUGCGCUGGCCAGACCUUAUGCCCGCUGAGAUGGGCCUGGACUUAUACUCCGAACUUUUGAAGCUUAGCACGGAGUACAAGCCGGAAACCAAAAUGCUUAUUUACGUGGCAAUUUGUGUGGUUUCCGAGGCACCGGGCAUGGGGCAAGCACCUGUGCGCUGGGAACGCCAACUUGUGAGUCGUUGUGCCAAACUGAAACUCUGCAAGUCAGUUAUGGUUGAACUAGAGCAUCAUCAGGCGGCAAUCCUCCCGGUGUCUGUUGUGGCAGUGCCGGAGCGGACGGAAAUCCUCAUUCUAACUUUUAAACCCGGACAGCAUGGAAAUAGAGAGCUCAUCCUUUCAAACAUUCUGGACAUUUUGUCAACGCGCGGCGUCAUACUGAGCAAACACUAUCCGCAGGUAUUUGAGCGCCUGCAAACGUACUCUGAGGGACAGAGUGACAAGUUCAAUCCGGUGACAUUGCAUCCGCGGGACACGCAAACUGGGCAAAACUUUGUAUGCAUCAUUAUGGCGGUGCACACUGACAAUGAGCUUACGAAGCUUCCAUCAGCAGCGGAUGGCGGUAAUCGAGUUACUACCAUAGAUGUAGGAUCUCCUUCGGCUCUCGUGCAACUUGAACUAGGCGAUGAUCAGAUUUUUAAAACCACAUCCAGAAAUAGUUGAUCAAGAGCAUACAAAAAUCAAAACAAUACUCUUCGGAGAGAAAGCACUUGCAACAACCACUUCUUUCAUUCCGAUCUUUUCAACGACACCUCGGGAUGUCCCAUAGAAAGCACCCGCAUGUAAGGAAGGAUCUUGAAAUCAACUGCUUUAAACAUGUAAUACAAUUUUCCUGGUAGUAAUAACACUGUACAAAAUGUAUUUUAAAAAUUUUCCCAGUGCGCGGAAAUACAUAAUUUUACUUUUUUUGUUAUUCUUAAAAAAGUUAAAUAAAUUCUUUGGCCCGGUCAAAUUCAGUUAGUGCUUAUAAUACGUAUGUGUGUCCGUCCGAAUCGCGAAAUCCAUAAAUACUAGAUAGGAUUUAACAUGCAUGUUCCUAUAUAGCCACGUCUAAAGUGUGUUUUUUUUUGAGGUAUAGAACUUUAAGUUGCAAUAAAACAACAAUAAAAGUUUUGAUAGACAUGAAUUCUAUUUAUCUGAACUAUAAUCUGGUUAAUCUUAAUUAUAUAAUCUUAAUUUGAUAUAUGAUUUUUGGCAUAUAACCGCCACGGCUGGCUCGGAUGUAGUUCAAUCUCAACCAUUUCCGAUGACUUUUUCCAGAAUUUGUAGCCGUAUAUCGGCAAUAACACGGCGAGUGUUGUCUUCCAAGUGGAAGACAAGACAAGGAAGACAUAUCCCGACAGAAAGUAGUCUAGCGGUGUUAAAUCAUAAGAUCACAGGCCAAGACGGACACAAAUCCAAUUCCUGUGCUCGAUGGCGGAUGGACUCAUUCGGGUCUUCCUCAAUGCUACGCUUUAAGGGGGAGAUACCUACGCGAACCUAGAAAAAGCUUUUUGUAAAAAAAAAAAACAAAAUGGCGGAAACAUGACCGAUCUAGUCACAGUGCCAAAUUUUUAUUAUAAUGAGAAAGCUUUAAUGAAGUGCGCAGUAGAGGGAUUUUGAUGAUUUCGAAAAAUUAGACAUAUAUAACCAUGAGUUCCUGAAAAGUGUGAUUUUUACCCGUGUUUUUUGAUAUAAUAAUACUUAAAAAACUAUAAAAUAGCUUUUUUUUAUAUGUCGCUCUGUCACGCACUUGAAGAUCAAAUUCUUUAUUAAAUGCCGUUCAGUUUACAUGAAUUGGUUGAAUAGUUCUCCUGUAAUCGUGACACCAGUAUUGUAAAAUAUAGUUUUGAGAAAACGGCCGUUAUGUGCGCCACCGCGGGGCGGAACUGGACUUUACUUCUCUGGGUCGAUUAUCUCGAAAAAUAUUUAUCGCAGCUUAACGAAAUUCUAAAAAAAUAUUUUUAAACAUUCUAUCGAUUAAAUGAAAAAAAAAAAAUUUGUUUUGAAUGUUCUAUAGGUCCCCCUUUAGCAGCAAUAGCUUCUUCUCUACGCACCGUACGGCGUCUUUGGAGAUUCGAGUUAUCAAUAAGAGAAUUGUCUAUGGUAAAUCGAAUUAACUGUUCUGAUGGACGAUAAAAUGGACGUAGUGCGCUAUACGUAUUUCGCACACAACCAUUUUUAGAAAUAAAAUUGCACUAUCUGCAAGCGUUGUUCAGGUUUGUUGCCAAACCAAACUUGUCAGGUGUGUUAAAUCGGUCGCCAUCUUGAACAGUAAUGCCAACUUAAAGUUCUAUACCUCGAAUAAAACACACUUUUAACGUCCAUAAUGCCUAUGUCUGCCAGGCGUAUGUGGUCACCAAAGUUAUCGUAAAAGUGUAAAAUGUACUGUAAAUGCGGACCCAUGCAAAGAAUUUAGGCUACAUCGUACACUAUUAACAUACAUCCCAUAAUUAUUAAAACAAAAUUAAGUUUUUUUGUACUUUGUCAAAAAAGAUAUUUAGCUCGAAAAGUAAUUAGUAAAUGGAUUUAAAAGUUUGUGUGAAUAAUAAGUAUUUGAUUACAAAGACUGUCAACCAAAUACAUUUUGCUUAACUACUCCAGAUUUUUAAUAUAAAAUAAGUUACCAAAACAAAAUAAACCAAAAAACUUCCGGUCAAUCCAGUAUUAAACUUUAUUGGCUAUCAUCUAUAAACAAUAAUCUCUAAAAGCAUUACUUCCAGCGGAAUUUACUUUUAAUAAAGGAAACGAACUUAUUUAUUAAGUUUAAUAAACGACAAUAGUAUUUCUGCCACCUAA